CUAGUUCAUUUACUGGUAUUUCAUUAUGUUUGUUACAAUGUAAUGCAAUAAAUCAAAAAUUGUUUUAUUUGUAGGCCUACUUGUAUUAGCAUAGCAUUAUUAUUUUUUUUUUUUUUGCUCAUCAGGAUUAGUCAUUUCUUCUUACUUUCAAGGAUUUAAGGAAAAAGAACAGGAUAAAAAUAAUGAUAGGCUACAGUACCUGAAGUAUUUGAGGAGUGUUUCGGCAUUAUAGAAUCGCAGCUUUGCUAAGAGGCUCACUACUAUCAGCAAUUGUCCAGGCUACGUGAAUGUAGGACACUUUUAAGACAAUCUUCAAAUUCUUGAUACCAGCAGGCCUACUUACAAUGUCGACAUUCAAUGGCAGGCUGCAGAAUCCAGAGUUGAAUUUCAUCGCAAUUGACGACUUCAAACCGAAUAAUCACGAUGCGUCUGUGUUCUUUGUGUCGCACGCACACAGCGAUCAUUUAGAAGGAUUUGGAAAAUACGGUGGAACUCUGUUUGAUUCGAAUAGUAAUAAAACCUUGUACUGUUCUAGCAUAACCAAACGAUUGCUUACGGUAAAAUUUCCUAAUAUUCAGGUAGAUAGUAAUGUUGUGUCAAUCGACGUCGGAGAGCCUUGCAUACUUCACUCGCCUCGAAAAAACAGUGAUGGAACAUCACCUUUAAUAACAGUGAGUGCUCUACCUACUCUACAUGUUCUUGGGUCAGUGAUGUUUCUAUUCGAGUGUCAAGACAUUACUGCAUUGUACACGGGUGACUUCAGGAUACAUAAUGCUAGUGAUGUAUCGAAAAUGAAGUGGCUACAUGACAAGGACGGUAAACCUUUAAAAAUCACCGAUCUCUAUUUGGACACUACGUUUGCUGAUAAAUUAUAUAAUUGGUUCCCGAAGCGUGAUGAUGCUACCGCUAAGAUAAUUGAGCUAAGUGAAGAGUGGCUUGACAGAUCUCUAAAUCAUCAUGUUAGUUUGUCAAUUGUAGCUUACUAUGGGUAUGAAAGACUCAUAAUGGAUGUUAGUAAGAAGUUGAACACAAAACUUCUAGUAAAUGUGGAUGAUUUCCCGCAUUUCAAAUACAUUUCCGAAAUGGAUGGAUCUGUCAUUUUCUAUAGUAAAUCCAGUAGCUACCGAGAAACUAAACGACCAAGAAUAGAUAGCAAUAAUCGUUCAGGAAGAAUACAUGUGUGUUUCUGUAGGAGAAAAGGUGUGAAAAGGUGCGAUUUCUGUAGUAACAGUAGUUACAAAGUGAGAGAAGUUAAGCCUUGUGCAUUUUCGUUCAACCUUAAGCCUUAUGACCAUGCUAAUAUUAUUAGUGAAAAAACUGAAAAUGGAUAUACCAACUACAAAGUAGCCUAUGCAACACACUGUUCAUUGACUGAACUCCGAUGCUUUAUAAACUAUCUGAAACCAACCAAUAUUCAUCCGUCAGUGGUUCCAGAUUCUAACUCUGCCGAACAAAUUGUUGCCUUGCUAUUGGACAAUGCAUUCGAAUUGAACAAUUCAUUUGAUGUGAAUAAUUGUUCGGAUCCAUCUCAUACUGAGACUGAAAAUGAGUCUGAUACAAGUGAUGCGUUAUCAUUGGAGUCACCUCCGAUUUGAGAAAGGGGGAAAAUAUGAUAGUACGAGGGUCAUUUUUUCCAACCUCCGAUCACACAUCAUAAGACACAUACAAGCGGUAGUGAGGUGAUUUUCACUGGGCUGAACAGCUUGUCAUCUCCUCCAAACGCCCAGUGAUCGGUAUGGCCAUAUCGUAAAUUGUUGUCGAGUUAUAGACCCAGAAAAAUGGACACAUCACUUGGAUCCCCCGUCAAAAGUGCUGGUUGCCUAGUGUUAUUCGUUUCUAAGCAAAAUACAAUAAUUCAGCAUAAUUCUACCAAAGAAUGAUUCAAGUUUACGCUGGAAAUGUUAAGAUAUGAUAUUGUGCGUGAAAGGUGUAGUAAAAUUAAAGCAGUCAGUUGAAAUGACUUCCCAAAACGUUGUGAUCCACAACUCGAUCUCACAUUGCUGGUGCAAACAAAUUGUUUCUUCAGCUAAUCAAAUGGGAUAAUUUCUAUCACCCGUCAUACAAAUCUGACUUGACCACUAUAGUAACUUUUCCCCAAACUCACGACUUGACUUUGAGAGCAGAGCUUCCAAACUAACGAAGAUGUCCAAAAAAAACGUCAUAGCCCUCAAACUCAUCUGGCGGCAGCAUUUUAUGAAGAGGGUUUUGGUAGGCAGGUCAACUGGUUUCCCAAAUGUCUCAACCAUCACUGCAAUUAUGUUGAAGAAUUAUAAUAUAGGUGUAACUUUUAGUUGAAGAAUUAUUCUUCUAUGUAUAUUCAUCUUUUACUCAUGGACAAUCAGAGGUUGAAAAAACUUGACCCUCGUAUUUUACAUUGAUAUUAUUUAUCACUUAUUUUUUGAAAAGGUUGAUUGUUCUAUGGAGAUUUCUAUGUAAGACUUUGUCCAAACUCGCUAUAUAGUUGGCGCAUGACUAGAUUACAAGUUGUUUUCAGCCAGGGGCUGUCUCGUGCCAUCAAACUAGAGAAGAGAUACCGAUAUCAAACAAGAGUAUUUAUAGAAUAGAGGCAGCAUUCCCAUUUUACUAAUCUAUCAUUUUUUACACAAAUCCUGUAGGCCUAACAUUAAUCUAAACAAAUUUUACAAUUCAAGAUAUACAUUUUAAAUAACUAAAACUAAUGACAGCCACUGAGGCCAUGCAUAAUAUUAAGUCAGUCAUUAAUGAGGUCUGUACCAAAACAAAGUCUACGUUUGUAGGUAGGUAUUUAUUUGAAUAAAUAAAAAUAAUGCUAAAUGGGUCAAAAAUGAGAAUAAAUUGGAAGUUCUUCAACUUGUGUAAACGUAAUUUACAAUUUAAGAGAUGAAUUUAAAAUAAAAUUGAUGUGAUUGAUAUUGUAUUAUGAAACAAAGUGAAAUAUUAACAUUCUAUUAUUUUAUAGUUACAAAAUUCACAUUCCAUCUAUAGGAUUGACACUUAUCAUUUCAACUGGAAUUCACAAGAGAAUGUUGUAUAACAACCAGAACUAGUUUCUAGAAUUCCCAAUUAUUGAGUGGCUGUGACAACAUCAAGACGUUCAUUCUAUUAGUUACUGAUCAUUUAGUAGAUAAUUUCUUUUUCCUACAAAACGUACGAUAUUUUUCUACUCUUAAAGCUGUUGAAGUUUACGAGUCAGCUGCACGAAAAUCCAAUUCAACUCAACCACCGUACCACCGUAUAACGCUAUCGCAUUGUUGUUAGAUUGCUUCUCCUGGCAAUGCUUCCAUUAGAUGACAAUCAUUUUACGGCGGUUAAUUUUGAUUGGAUGCUCUUGUAGCUAGACGGAUGUGAUUAUUCCAUGGGUAAAAUAUGAGAUUAUUUUAUUGUUUUGAUAAUAUCAUGGUUAUAAAUUAUUUUUUUUAAUAUGAUGUAUUUAUUUGUAUCCACAAAUGUUUAAAUAAAUAAAUGUUACAACUGUACUACAUAAUUUAUUAUGUUUUAAGAUCGAUUUUUCUGAUCGACUAAAGCUGUAUAAUUUGAUCUAAUUACAGGCCCUAGAGGUUCAUGUAACGAUCUACAUUUCAUGCUUGUAUAUAAUAUUAUAUAGCAUAAAAAAUUGAAUUUUGAAUUAGUAUCCAAUUUUACUGAAUUUGCAUCCAAACAAGAAUCCAAAAUAAGCUAGUUUCAUAUCUGUGAGAAGUUCAAAAGUUCCAGUAAAAUUCCAAAGUUUUUUGCAAUGCAUUACAAAUUUUCAAUCUAUAGUCUAUAGAUGCUCUUCCCUUCACUAGAGGUAUUAUUUUUUACACGGCUCUCUUUCGAAAACAGAGAGGCCCGAUGCUCUUUCCUUCACUAUCACUGCCACUACCUAACAGCAUUCUCUCUACUAUUGUGUCAAUAUCCAUAUUGUGCGCAGAAUGCUUACUCCUCUCCACUACUCUGUACUUUGUACGAACUGUAGAAAUCGUUUUCUCCUCUUCAUGUUAAAAGUAAUAUUUCUUGAGCUAUAGAUUAAGUACCAAAUAAAUUGUAGAAAAUUGGAACAAAGUGCUUUUCGCUGUGGGCUUGGACUACUCAUAAAUUGCACUGCAUUAUUCUAAUCUGCUUCUAAAUUAUAAAGAAAGAAAAUAAAUGAUGAUAGUACGGUAACACAUUCACGCUAAUUGAGUCUUCAGUAGAAUUUAUUACUAAACCAACAAACAAUAACCUGAAACGAGUAUUUGAUUCUUCAUGACUAAAAUAAAAAUUAUCUUACAAUGAUUAUAAGAUAGCAUAAAAUUCAUGUAUUUUACUGUACAAUAAAUACGCAUAAAUUGGACUAAUGUCAUUUGAAAUAACUAAUUUAAGAGACUAAAAUGUACAUAAAUUUACACUUGGCGCAGUAUAGUCAGCCAAAAAACGUGUUCCUACCCAGAAAUCUUCAAGCUAGAAGGAACAAAAAUUUGAAUUUCCCUUUUCAUUUAACCCCAUUUUGAUUAUUAUUAUUAUUAUUCACAAUUAUUUGCAAGUUAUGUUCCAUUUCUAAUAAUUAAUAUGAGUUAACUACUCAUCUUAAAAAUUUUCAUCGCUCCGCACGAAACUUCAUAUUUACUUGAAACUUUAAAUUCUUAUAAAUAAACUUUAAUUUUUCUCAUUCAACCAAUGUUGAAAGUUUGAAGUGAAUAUCACAACAGUGCCACCAAUAUUAUGUGUCAACGAAAAUAAUACUAGAAAAGUACGGUUGUGUAUUCUGGAGGAAAUGGUGUCUGUUUGUUAAAAAUCAGAACUUAUAUUAUGAUAUGGCAAUGUUACUAAGGACAAAAAUUAUUGAGGCACACCUUCUCGACACAUGCUAUUUUUUCAAUGCUACCCAUAACUACUAUCGCGAGAGAUUAGAGUUGUCACUUCGAAAUGAAUUUUUACUUCACACUUGAAAAUCUACACCACUAAAAAUGUUCGAUAGUAGAUACUACAAAUUUGAUUUGAAAUACUACAAUUCUAUAGUAUUAAUGAAUUUAGAUAGUAACGGACAUGAUUUACAGGUGAUCUAGAUUUAUGAGUUCAAACUGGAAAACAUUUAUUAAGAGUACAAGGAAAGCAAGUUUUCAAAACAAGCAAUAUUUUGUUGGGGAAGAGUCUGAUAAUUUCAAGAUCCAGUAUGGUCAGUAACCAACCUGAACUCUUGUCUCAUACAUUAGAAAUUUAUAAUUAUGGAAAAAUUGACAUUGUAAUUGAACUUUUGAUUGUGAAAAUAACUGAGAUAUUGUUUCAAACUUCUUAUUGUAACCUCUAGGAUACUUUUAUAAUGUUUGCACUUGAAUGAAUUGAUUGUAGGAUCUUACAAUAAACCUAUUACUUACACUAUAUUAAUUUCUUCCAACAUUAUUAUCCGCAGUAAAAUAAGAUCAUGGUUAUCAGUUACUUAUAAAACAAUCAUUAUGUAUGUUUAAAAGUAGAGACAAGGACAUUAUUCAUUUUUUUUUGAAAAAUAUCCUAAUUAUAAAAUUUCUAUGAUAGUGAUGAAAAUUUAGUCAAUAUUAUGUUCGCUUGAUCCACUAGAUAAUUUUUUCAGUGUUUGAAUUUGUUGGUGACGACUGAAAUGUCAAUUGCAAUGCUAGGAGUACCAAUGAAUAAAUCUGCCUACAAUGUGAUGGCGUCAUUUCAGGGUGGUUUAAUUGAAUAGACGAGCUACCGGGUAAUGGACUUUUCAAGUAUCUUCCUCAUAGAACAAAAAAUAUAAUUUAAUAAUAUUCUAAUGUAAUAGCAUUUAUAAAUACAAGUUUAUAGUCUGAUGGUAUACAUAAUCAUACAAAAUAUAUCAAUAAUUGAUAGACGCAACUAUGAAAUAUCUAUAGAUAGAUAGAAUUCUAUUGUAAUAUAUAUAGGAAUUUUAUGCAAGUUUACAAGUAUGCUAAAUACUCAAUAGAGAGUAUGGUAAUAGAAGCUUUUUAAAAUUCAGUAUUUGAUAACAGAGUCUUAACAAUCGAACUAACAAGUCUGAAAAGAUUAAGUUGCUAGAGUAUUCUGAAAGUGAUGAGAGUUAGUGGCACUGAUAGCAGACUGGUCAUAUGAUAGUUUGUU